CAAAACUACCUGUCUAUUCUUUCUUAGCAUAACACCAUGAGCGCAGAACGCAAGAUUGUAUUCUACAACUUUCCCGGUUGUCCUUAUGCCCAACGUGCAGCCAUUACUUUGAAUGAGACUGGGGCUAAAUUUGAAGAAGUUUACAUUGACCUUGCCAACAAGCCCGAAUGGUAUCAUAAGGUUAAUCCUGAACUCAAGGUGCCCGCUAUUACGAUUGACGGAAAGACGUUUGCAGAGUCUCUUGUGAUCAUUGAGCUUCUUAGUGAUCUCUAUCCCGAGAAAAGACUUCUUCCUAGUGAUCCUUUCAAGAGAGCAUCGAUUCGGUUUGCGAUUGAGUACUUUGCAACCAAGAUUUCGUCGCCUUGGUACAAGGUUCUUUUCAAUUACGGUGACGAGACCAAGGAAGGAUUUAUUAAAGAGACCGAGGCAGGAUUUACGAGACUUGGUGAGUUGCUCCGUGAACAAAGUGAGACCGGACCUUAUUUCCUUGGUGAAGAGUAUUCGCUUGCCGAUGUUGCUAUUGCGCCAUUCUUGGGCCGAGUUCUGUUGACCUUCAAGCACUGGGUCGGAGAUUACAAGCACAAGGCUAUCCAGAAUGACAAGCGAUUGGAGGCAUUUGUGGAGGGUAUCCUUAGCCGGCCAUCGUUCAAGGAAACGAUUAAGAGUGAAGAGUAUCUGAUUGAGCAUUUCCAAGCCAGAUUCAAAUUGCCUCCCAGUGGCAUCAACUAAAUGUUCAUUAUUUGUUUAAAAAAGAAUCAAUACCCUAUCUUAAUAUUUUGUGCCAAUCCAAUAAAAAUAUUGAAAAUAAUAUUG